UGUCAUUCCAUUCAUUGCUUACGUGUCAGCUCAUACCUUCAUUUUGUGGAGUUGUGUUCGUGAUUUUUUUAAAUUACGCACAGAAUUCUACAGUUUCUUGUUCGUGUUGGAGUUCAUCUUAUAAGAAACCUAUUGCAUCUAGAAUAUCAUUGAAUAGGUCUGUGCAUAAUGUUUUAGUUAUCGUGCAUGCGGCAGAUCCCAUGGAGCUGCAGGCAUUGCUAGUGCUAUGUGGGGUGGGUGUGGUGGUGGUGGCCGUGCUGCUGCUCAUGGGGCUGUUCUCAGCCUCGGGCACCAGCUACGAGGAGGCCAUUGCUCAGCAGCGCCGGGCCACCACUGAGCUGCUGGCUCUGGCUGAAAACAAGAACAAACCUAAGAAAAACAAUAAGAAAGCCAUUAAAAAGCAGGCAAGGAAGGAGAAAAAUAAGGAAAAUGCAGUGACUACCGGCAGUGAGGUGGACAGUGAGGCUCCGGCUGAGAGUGGUCUGGAUGAGGACACUGUUCCUCCUGCUAAACCUCAUGUUGAGUUCUGUCCCCCUGUUGUUGUAGAUGUUCCUAGGGAUACUCUGCCUAAUGUAAAGAUUCGCAAACGCGGCAAGGAUCCUAAAGUAAAGCCGAUACUGAUAAACAAAGAGGAUCCGAGCUGCAUUAGUGACCCGAGCACGCCACCCUCCCCUACCGGCUCCGUCUCCAACCACUUUGAGGAGAUCCAUCCCAAGGAUGAGUUUGAGCUAUUGCAUUCCUCUCUCGCCGCCGAAAAAACUCCCGAGAAGAAGGAAGAAGUGGUUGAGAAGAAGGAGAAGCCGGCCAAGGCCGCGAAGGCUGGUAAAGGCAAGCAGCCGGCGCCCGAGCCCGCCAAGGAGGAGCGCGAGCGCCACAACAGCGGCGAGGCGCCCAAGGAACAACGCAAAGGUAAUAAAAAGGCGGACAAAAAGCAAGUCGAAGAAGAGGUUAAAGCCGAGGUGAUCCCGCCGCUGAACGUGCCUCAGCCCAGCGAGCUCACCACCGACAAGCUGCUCAAGCAAGCGCAGGCGCUCGCCGCGCCCGCGCCUACCGCCGCUGUCGCCCCCGCCCCCGCGCCCGCGCAUGCGCCCGCUCCGGCCGGCAAGAACAAGAAGAAGAAGGCCGAGCCUAAUGUGCUCUCGCUUAUGGCAGCCGGCGACGGCGGCGGCGUGAACGUGGGCGAGCUGGUGCGAGUGGUGCGCGAGGCGGCGCUGUCCCGCACCGAGAUCCAGAUCCUGACGGACGCGCUGCUCAACAAGCACCACGACCCGCUGCCGCAGCACUCCGAGUGGACCGAGGGGCCUAACGACCCGAUGCAAAAGUUGAAGAAGCAACUCGCCGACAAGGAGAAAGUUCUGGCCGAUGAAGUCGAGGCUUCGCAAGCACUGCACGCUAAACUGAAGGAAUUGAGGGCCACACUGAACGCCGAGCGCGGUCGCGUGACGGCCACGACGCGCGCACACGAGCAGGCGGCCGAGGCGGCGCGCGCCGAGAUACACACGCACCAGACCAGGGUCAAGCGGCUCGCCGAGGACAACCACCAGCUGCAGCAGGAGAACAGGCUCCUUCAGUCUAAACUAGCCGCGGAGGGUGAAUUCCAACAACAGAGGGCACAAAUGGAAAUGCACAUACAACAAUUAUCUGAGGCGGAGGCAUCGCUGGUGGCGCAGCUGCAGGGCCUGCAGUCGGAGCUGGCCGCCCGCGCGCUCGAGGUGGCGGGCGCGCGCUGCGACGCCGGCGCGGCCCGGGACGCCGCCAUCAUGGCGCAGCAGCACGCCGCCGAGCUGGCGCAGCAGCUCGAGCAGCUCUCCCACGACCACACGCGCGCCAUGCAGGAGCGCCAGGCCGCCAUCGCAGACCUCCAAAAUAACGUGCAGAGGCUAAUGAGCCGCGCACAGUUCGCCGAAGGCAACUUGGAUAAACAAAAGGAGGAGAUGGACGCACAAGUCAAACAGCUCACAAGCGAACUGGCAUCGCUGAGAGAGCAACUAGCGGCGCGCGAGGCUGAGUUGGCCGAGGCAAAACAGAUGAAGGUCGCCGCUCCCGCGCAGAACGGGCUGCCCAACGACCAGAACAAGUCGGCGGAGCUGGCCAAGGUCGAGAGUGUAGUGGAGGCCCUCCGCAGCUCGCUGAGCGCGGAGCAGCGCGCCAACAAGGAGCAGAAGGACGCCCUCACGCAGCUGCAGGACCAGCUGCGCUCCUACCAGGAGAAGAAUAACGAGUUGCGAACUAAAAACUGGAAAGUAAUGGAGGCCUUACAAACUGCCGAAAAGGCUCUCCAGGCGAAGUCGGCCAACGCUCCGGCCCAAGACCCUCGCGAGGCAGUAUCGGCGGCGUCGGCGGCGGCCUACGCGGAGGCGUGCGGCGCGCUGCGCGGCGCGCUGCCCGGCGCGGCGCCGAGCGGCGUCGCGGGCAAGGCGUGGCUGCUGCAAUUCGCUGAUAACCUUAAGAAGGAGCUGCAGAAGGCGGCGUCCGUCCCCGCUCCCGUUCCGGCAGCAGCGCCGGCGCCGGCGGAGGCGCGCGUGGCGGAGCUGCGCGCGCACAACGACCACCUGCAGGCGCUCGUCGACAAAUACAAGAAGAUCAUCGACGACACGGAGGGCGUGCUGAGCCAACUCCAAGCUAACGUGACUCGGGAGGAGGCGAGCUGGGCGCGACAGCUCGCCGAGAAGCAGCACGAGCUGGACUCGCUGCGGCAACACACGCUCACACAGAUGCAGAAGAAGAUAGACAGCCUACAGGCUGAGCUGCAGCAGAAACAGGCUGCCAACCACAACCAUAGCUUCGCGGAUUCGGAGCGUCUCACGGAGGAGAGAUUACUGACUGCUGGUUUGUCAGAAAAAUACAAAACGGACGUGUGCAAUGGUCCCUUGCAGGUGGGCUUAGAAGAAAAAUAACAUUUAAAAAAUACAUAUAUAAAUGAAGAAAUGUCGCGGUAUCAUUCCGGGCGGCGCCGCGCGCGGUAGCCCCCGCCGGCCGGCUCCGGCCACACCUCACGUUGCACGUCCGCUGUCCGCGCCUGCACUCUGCAGCCCCAUUCACUACAGCCGCCACGAAUGGAAUCAAUUACUGCAUGAAUCAAAUAAAGCGUUAUCUCUCACUGCGAACUGAUACAGGUGUCAUCGUGAGUGUAUGAAGGUUUCAUUUAUUCCAUUCGUGAUGGAUUUCGUGAAUCGACCGGCAUACCCCGGAGACUCAUUCAUUCGUACUUCGAACAAUGUCAAAUUAAUAUUUGAACGAAUCUGUCUUUCGGUUUAUCGGUCGCUACGAAUCUUUAGUGCACGGUUCGAGUGGAGGACCGACGACUCACUCCGUGUACACCCUUCCCAGUGACGCGAGACAUGCUCAAUUUAGGUCAUAGGAUUGUUUUCGUUUAAACGUUCGUAAUUGUCCCGAACGGCACAACUACUCGGUUUUAUUUAUUUAUUAUAGACGACGCUGUGGUCGUUGCCGGUUAAGAAACUUAUGAUAUUUAAAACUGGUGACUGGCGUUGGGAAGCGGCGACGUGGAACUGUGUACUCCAAGGCCAUUGUAUAAUAUACGAAAUUGUAUAGUGAACCCUCGAUUCCUGAGCGCCUCUUACGAAAAACGAAAUUUCUCUUUCUGCCUCCCUUUGUUUUGUUUGUAUACUCGAGUGAUAGGGUAAAAUAGAGUUUCGAUUUUCGCGAUAGUGCCUCGGACUGUUUCGUAUUAGUGGAUCGCGUGUCCGGGUUCACAGAUCAAUAUUAAAGUUAUUGCGAGGUGUUUGUGCAAGUAUGUUCUAGUGAUUCUAUUAACUCCGCUGUCCCGGCUGUUCUAAUAAAUUAAAACACUUGUUUAUCUAGUAUAAUGCAAUCGAUAAAAUUAGUUAAUGUGAUCUUGCAAUUUAAAAUUCAAGGUAUGAUGCAUAUAUUUAACUAAAUGUUUUACAUUUUUAUUUUAAUCAAUUCUUGAGACAAUUAUCUAUUGAUGCAAAAGAUGAUACGUGUAUUUUUAUGAUUGUGUAAGAAAAAUUAAUUAUAGACCAGUGUAACAUCAAUAAAUUAAUUUAUGUUAUUUUUGAUAUGAUUUGCAGCUACCGAAUUUAACUUGAGUGGUAUUCUUAUGAUUUUUAAGGAAUGUUAUCUACUCUUUAGAAAUAUAUUAUUUAUAAAUAACUUUUGUAUCUAGAGCAUAAUCAUUUUGUCAGUGCCUUAGUGUAAGGUUUGAAUUAGAGAAGCUGACCGUGAAAUUUUAGUAAAUGUCUGGCGGAAGAAAGGCAUUAUUUGGACUGUGUCGUCCGCGCCCUCGCGGCUGCAGCCAUGGUACAAUUCAAAUUUAUAAGCCGAAGUUGUAGCGUAGCUUAUACCAGGAUAAUUUUAGUUUAGUCAAACUUAGAAAUGUGAUAAAAUCUUCGGAAUACUCCCGUCUUCUCGGAAACAGUUCAAUCUUUUCUUCCGUCCACCGCCUGUAAGUGCUUAGAACCCUUUUUGAUAAGCAUAUUGUAUGUCUGGGGCCCCUCUGUGAGCCUCCUCUACAACAUUAAGUUGCCGAAUUAUUUGAAUACAGAUCAUAUUCUUUGCAUUGUCAUAAUAAUAACUUUGUAACAGAAACAUCAAUCUCAAUUAAUUGUAAAGCGAUAUUGAGUAUUGACUUAUGAACGUGAAAUCUAAUAGCCGGCGUGCAAUAUUUUGGAUUUAUCUUUUUAUCCUCUACUGAAUUAUAGUGCAAAGAAAUGAAUCUUGAUAUUCGUGAACGACGCUUGUUUUUUAGACAAUUUUAAAUUGAAAAGUAUGUUUGCAAUAAGUAUAAUAUGAGUUUGUUACAGUUCAAUAUUUUAACUAUAAUCAGCGUGUCAAAUGUCCUGAAUAUUGAAAUAGCAUUAUAAUGUAUUAUGAAAUCUAAUUUGUAAAAUAGAUAAGCCACUUUGUAUAAUAAUUAAUAUAUUAGUUAAAGACAUUAUGAAAUAAAAAAAAAUCUUAAUCAUAA